AAGGAAGUAGAGACACAAUAUGCCUGCUCUGCUGGGUGCUGUGCUGAGUGUAGCCCUAGGAAGGAGCAUCGAAUUCUCUGCACAGUCAUCGACCCGGCCAGAGGUAGCCAGCAUCGAGCCGCUGGGCCCGGACGAGCAACAGUGCUCCCAGAAGGCGGUGGUGCAAGCCCGUCUGUCCCAGCCUGCCCGCCUGACCAGCAUCAUCUUUGCAGAGGACAUCACCACGGGCCAGGUCCUGCGCUGUGAUGCCAUCGUUGACCUCAUCCAUGGCAUUCAGAUCGUCUCCACGACCCGCGAACUCUACCUGGAGGACUCGCCCCUAGAGCUGAAGAUCCAGGCUCUGGACUCUGAAGGGAACACAUUCAGCACCCUGGCUGGACUGGUCUUUGACUGGACAAUCAUGAAGGACACGGAGGCCAGCCGCUUCUCCGACUCCCACAGUGCACUACGAAUCCUCCCAUUCCUGGAGUCUACCUACACACCUCCUUCCUAUAUAUUAGAAAUGGAGAAGGUGGCCAAGCAAGGGGACACCGUCCUGGUGUCCGGGAUGAAGACCGGGAGCGCCAAACUCAAGGCUCGCAUCCAGGAGGCCGUGUAUCAGAAUGUCCAUGCUGCAGAGGUGAGGCUACUAAUUUUGGAGAAUAUCCUUCUGAACCCAGCUUAUGAUGUUUACCUGAUGGUGGGGACCUCCAUUUGCUACAAGGUGCAGAAGAUCAGGCAAGGAAAGAUUACAGAACUCUCAAUGCCUUCAGAUCAGUACCAACUGCAGCUUCAAGACCACAUCCAGGGCCCUACGGGAGACCCCAGCCGGCCUGUGGCUGUCUUGGCUCAGGACACAACGACGGUCACUGCCGUGCAGCUGGGACAGAGCAGCCUGGUCCUGGCCUACAAGAGUAUCCGUAUGCAGGGUGCUUCCAGGUUACCUAACAGCACCAUCUACGUGGUGGAACCCGGAUACUUGGGAUUCACAGUCCACCCUGGUGACAGGUGGGUGCUGGAGACUGGACGCGUAUAUGAAAUUACCAUUGACGUGCUUGAUAAGUCUGGCAACAAGGUCUACCCAUCUGAUAACAUCCGCAUUGAAACUGCACUUCCCUCUGAGUUCUUUGAGGUGCUCUCUUCUUCAAAGAAUGGGUCAUCCCAUCAGGUCAGGCCAAUAAAGAGAGGCCAGACGGCUGUGGAGGCAGCCCUCACCUCCGUGGUAGAUCAGGAUGGAGGGGUCCACAUGUUACGAGUGCCUGUGUGGAACCAGCAGGAGGUGGAAAUUCACAUCCCCAUCACCCUCUAUCCCAGCAUCUUGACAUUUCCGUGGCAACCAAAGACAGGCGCCUAUCAGUACGUGAUCAAGGCCCAUGGUGGGAGUGGGAACUUCAGUUGGUCUUCAUCAAACUACAUGGUUGCCACAGUCACCGUCAAGGGUCUGAUGACCACAGGCAGUGACAUGGGACUCAGUGUGAUCCAGGCUCAUGAUGUUCAGAACCCGCUCCAUUUUGGGGAGAUGAAGGUGUAUGUGAUUGAGCCCAGAGGCAUGGAGUUCACCCCAUGCCAGGUGGAGGCACGAGUGGGCCAGACCCUGGAGCUGCCCAUAAGGAUCAAUGGCCUAAUGCCCGGCGGGGCCAACGAGGUGGUCACCCUGAGCGACUGCUCCCACUUAGACUUGGUGGUCGAGGUGGAGAACCAGGGCGUAUUCCAGCUGCUUCCAGGGCGGCUGAAGCCAGGGUCUGAGUACUGCAGCGGUGUCAGCGUAAGAGCCGAGGCCCAGGGGCACACUGUGCUUCUGGUGAGCUACAAACAUGGCCACAUCCACCUGAGUGCCCGCAUCACCAUUGUUGCCUACCUGCCCCUCAAGGCUGUGAACCCCUCCUCUGUUGCCUUGGUGACCCUUGGCUCCUCACAGGAGAUGCUGUUCGAAGGAGGUCCCAGGCCCUGGGUCCUGGAGCCGUCCAAGUUCUUCCGAAAUGUCACCUCCGAGGACACUCACAGCAUCAGUCUGGCUCUCCUUGGGCCCCCUGCCUCCCGUAAUUACCAGCAACAUUGGAUCCUCGUGACUUGCCAGGCCUUGGGCGAACAGGUCAUUGCCCUCUCAGUGGGGAACAAGCCCAGCAUCACCAACCCCUUCCCUGCGCUGGAGCCUGCUGUGGUGAAGUUUGUGUGCGCCACACCCUCCAGGGUCACCCUGACGCCUGUCUACGCCAGCCCCCAGCUGGGCUUGUCCUGUCCGCUGCUGCAGCAGAACAAGCAGGUGGUUCCAGUCUCCAGCCACCGCAACCCCCUCCUGGACUUGGCUGUCUAUGACCAGCAGGGCCGCCAGUUCAGUAACUUCAGCUCUCUGAGCAUCCAGUGGGAGUCGACGAGGCCAUUGCUGGCCAGCAUCGAGCUUGACCUGCCCAUGCAGCUGGUGUCCCGGGAUGAUGGGAGUGGCCAGAAGUUGCAUGGUUUGCAGGCCAUUUCGGUUCACAAGGCAUCGGGAACCACAGCCAUUUCUGCUACCGUGACUGGCUACCAGCAGUCCCACCUCCUCGCAGCCAGCGUGAAGCAGCUGCAGGACCCUCUUGUGCCUGUGUCGGCCUCUAUAGAACUCAUCUUGGUAGAGGAUGUGAGGGUGAGUCCGGAAGAGGUGACCAUCUACAACCACCCUGGAGUACAGGCAGAGCUGCAUAUCAGAGAAGGUUCCGGCUACUUCUUCCUCAACACCAGCACCACUGACAUCGUCAAGGUGGCCUACCAAGAGGCCAGGGGCAGUGCCAUGGUAUACCCUUUGUUCCCGGGCACGUCAACCAUCAUGAUCCACGACUUGUGCCUUGCCUUCCCAGCCCCAGCGAAGGCUGAUGUUUAUGUCUCAGACAUUCAGGAGCUGUACGUCCGAGUGGUAGACAAGGUGGAGAUUGGGAAGACAGUCAAGGCAUAUGUCCGUGUGCUGGACUUUCACAAGAAGCCUUUCCUGGCCAAAUACUUUGCCUUCAUGGACCUGAAGCUCCAAGCAGCCUCUCAGAUCGUCACAUUGGUCUCCCUUGACGAGGCCCUUGACAACUACACUGCCACGUUCCACAUCCAUGGUGUGGCCAUUGGCCAGACCAGUCUCACUGCAGUUGUGACUGAUAAAGCUGGACAGAGAAUCAACUCAGCCCCACAACAGAUUGAGGUCUUUCCCCCAUUUAGGCUGAUACCCAGGAAGAUGACGCUGAUUAUUGGGGCCAUGAUGCAGAUCACCUCUGAGGGAGGCCCCCAGCCUCAGUCCAACAUCCUCUUCUCCAUCAGCAACGAGAGCCUGGCAGUGGUGAACUGCGCUGGGCUGGUGCGGGGACUCGCCGUUGGCAAUGGCACCGUGUCCGGGGUCGUCCAGGCCGUGGAUGCUGAGACCGGAAAGCUCGUCAUCGUGUCUCAGGAUCUCGUGGAAGUGGAGGUGCAGCUCCUGCAGGCAGUGAGGAUCCGAGCCCCCAUCACUCGGAUGAGGACAGGGACCCAGAUGCCUGUUUACAUCACUGGAAUCACUAACAACCAGAACCCUUUCUCCUUUGGUAAUGCUGUGCCAGGCCUGACCUUCCACUGGUCGGUCACCAAGAGGGACAUUCUAGACAUCCGGGGGCGGCACCACGAGGCGUCACUCCAGCUCCCGUCGCAGUACAACUUUGCCAUGACCGUGCACGGCCGGGUAAGAGGCCGGACCGGGCUGAGGGUGGUGGUCAAGGCUCUGGACCCCACAGCUGGGCAGCUGCAUGGCCUCGCCAAAGAACUCUCUGAUGAGAUCCAAAUCCAGGUAUUUGAAAAGCUGAUGCUGCUGAACCCAGAAAUAGAAGCAGAACAAAUACUAAUGUCACCCAACUCAUUUAUAAAGCUUCAGACAAACAGGGAUGGCACAGCAUCUCUGAGCUACCGUGUCCUGAAUGGGCCCGAGAAGGUUCCCAUCGUGCACAUUAAUGAGAAAGGCUUCCUGGUGUCAGGGCCCACAAUUGGGACUUCUACCAUUGAAGUGACUGCCCAAGAGCCAUUUGGGACCAACCAGACCAUCAUCGUUGCAGUAAAGGUGGCUCCGGUGUCUUACCUGAGGAUCUCCCUGAGCCCUGCCCUGCACACCCGGAACAAUGAGGCUCUGGCUGCCCUGCCUUUGGGAAUGACUGUGACCUUCACUGUCCAUUUUCAUGACAACUCUGGAGAUGUUUUCCAUGCUCACAAUUCGAUCCUCAACUUUGCAACUAACAGGGACGAGUUUGUGCAAAUCGGGAAGGGCACAACCAACAACACCUGCAUCCUUCGCACUGUCAGCGUGGGCCUGACGCUGCUCAGUGUGUGGGACACGGAGCACGCAGGCCUCUUCGACUUUGUCCCAUUGCCUGUCCUACACGCCAUCUCUCCGGAGCUGUCUGGAGCGGUGGUGGUGGGGGACAUCCUCUGUCUGGCCACUGUUCUGGUCAGCCUAGAAGGUCUCUCUGGAACCUGGAGCUCCUCGGACAACAGCAUCCUCCACAUAGACCCCAAGACAGGAGUGGCCGUUGCCCGGGAUGCAGGAUCCGUGACGGUUUACUACGAGGUUGCUGGGCACCUGAGGACCUACAAGGAGCUAGUGAUUGGCGUCCCUCAAAGGAUUCAAGCCCAUCGCAUCCACCCUGUCCAGACCAGCUUCCAGGAGGUCACAACCUUCAAAGUGAUGGUCACCGUGGGAGACAGAAGCUCUAACCUGAGAGGUGAGUGUUCCGUGGCCCAGGUGGAGGUCAUCAAGAAGCUGAGUCCGGAAUCCCUCAUCAGCUGCCAGGUCCAGUUCAAGCAAGACAUCCUCAAUGUACCGGCCUGUGAUGUAUUCACUGCAGAACCAGCGUUCGAUGCUGCCCUAGGUCGGUACUUGUGCUCGGUCAUGAUGCACAGACUGACAGACAAGCAGCUGAAGCACCUGAGCAUGAAGAAGACAGCACUGCUGGUCACGGCCUCCCUCCGGGGCAGCCACUUCUCCGGAGAACAGGUUGGGGUUGAGGUGCCCUUCAGCCCAGGACUGUACACUGACCAGGCUGAAAUCCUUUUGAGCAACCACUACACCAGCUCCGAGGUCAAGGUCUUUGGUACCAUGGAGAUUCUGGAGAACCUGGAAGUGAAAUCGGGAUCCCCAGCAGUGCUGGUCUUCGAGAAGGAGAAGUCUGUGGGGCUGCCCAGCUCUGUUACAUACACAGUUGGCAUCUCAGACCCUGCGGCUGGCAGCCAGGGACCUCUGUCUACUACUCUGACCUUCUCCAGUCCAAUGACGAGCCAAGCUGUCACCAUUCCAGUGACCGUGGCCUUUGUGAUGGAUCGCCGAGGGCCUGGCCCCUAUGGAGCCGGCCUCUUCCAGCACUUCCUGGAUUCCUACCAAGUCAUGCUCUUCACACUUUUUGCCCUGCUGGCUGGGACCGCAGUCAUGAUCAUAGCUUACCACACGGUCUAUGCCCCCCAGGAGCUCACUGCCCCACCAGCCCUGUCCCACCGAGCCAGCCCUCAGCACAGCUCCCACUAUUUUGCUGCUUCAUCCCCGAUGUCUUCUGUUGCACUGCCUCCUGGUCGCCGAGCUAGCCCUCCCUCAGGGCUGUGGAGCCCUGCCUACACCUCCCACUAGUCAUCGAGCCAGGGGCAGUCCUGCAGCGCCAGCGUGGAGCAAGCCCCUGAUGGUUGGUUGCCCAGCCCCGGCCCAGUCCCACUGCUCCUCUGUCCUGAUUUUUAGUUUAGACUGUGCUCAUUGGCUGCUGCUGAUAUAUCGGAGUUUGUUUUACUUCAGUCUUGCAAAGGCGAGGACUUUCUGACUCAUCCCUUUAUGCCUGGUUGUCUAGGGUUUCUGAACAGUGCUUUCAUUUUCCUAGUCUCUACAAUCACUCCCUUCUCAGACUUUGAGCAGCCAGACUCUGUUUAGAAGUUGUCUAUAGAUGAUGCUACUGCAGUGGUCUCAGGGAAAGGACUUUUGAAUUACUUUUUUAUUUGGGGGCUUUUUUCCCCUGUGGAAAUUGCUUUUCCCCUGAUCCAGCUCCUGCUAGGAAAUGAGGGAAGUGAAUGACAGGUGCCCAUGCCUGCCCCGUUUACUGCACAAGAAGCCUCAGGACCGCAGCGAGUGGGACCCUGAGCCCACUCAGCCUCACUGAAGUGCUGAGACACAGCAGGGAGUACCAGCCAGGCUGCUUUUGGCCCCUCUUUGGGCCACUGUGAAUAGACUUCUGGCCUUUGUGUUUCUUUGUUUCCUGACCUGUGGAAACAUCUGGAGUCAGCCUCGCCCCCUGGGGAUGUCCAAGCUCUCUGUCCGCACAGGAACCUUGGAAUCAUCGUGAAGAAAUGUCCUUGGAGUCAGGAAUCUUUGUGUUCUUUUGGAGAAGCCUCCAUAUUCCCACGCACAAAGACCCAGUGUUAUUUGUCCCUCCUUUUGUAUGACAGUCACACCUCAGCAGAUCUGAGCCGCUACAGUCACACCUCAGCAGAUCCGAGCCUCUGUCCUACCAGCAGGUCUCCAGGCAGCUCCCCAGCAGGUGCAGCCCAGCCGGACCAGUGAGGGGCAGGGAGAAGACAAUGGGGAAAGUCCUCCCUCCUUCCCACUCCUCACUCCCUCUGCCCUGCACCAGGUAGACCUAGAGACACACCCCAGGGCCAGUCUCACGUGGGCGCUGUGUGUGGGGUCUGGUUUGACUCUGAGAUGCAGUGUGAAUCCACUUCGGUCCUUUGGGGUUGUUCUGUGAUUUUGUAAAGCUGGAGACAGGAAGAAUUGUGCCUUGCAUAUUACUUGAGCUUAAACUGACAACUUGGAUGUAAACAGGUUUAUUUCUACUUGGUUUAUUUAAUAAAGCUCUGUAUAAUUUCUUAA